AUGCCUCGAAAGGCUCCGCCCAAAGAGGCCGUAGCUCCCAUAGAUCAGCUUACUCCCCCUUCUCCCCCCUCGCCUAUUGUACACAAGCUUCGGCAAGAUUGGAGGUGGGCAGGUAUCUCCCAAUUUCUUUGGACUUUUUCAGAUGCUUUUGGAUUAUUAGAUUGGGACAUUGAGAUUCUUGAAGCCGACUUUGAUGGUUCAGAGACUGUGCUCAUACCGGAUCUGAUAGCCAAACUCCUCUACGCCUUGACGUAUAACAGGCAGAUCAAUCGUGAGAAUGCUUUUGAACAUCUUCGCAAGCAAUACCUGAAACGAGUUCCGGAAACGAAUGUACUUGGAACGCUAGAAGAGCCUGUGGAAUGGGCUACACUAGGUCUCAGUCAAAAGGUUCAGAUCUUCUGGGAGCUAUGCGAGUGGCAGAUGGCCGAUCCAGCUCGAUUCAGAGGUUUGCUCAAGAGCGAAGACGACGCAGUCACAUGGCGGAUAGACCCAAUAGGAUGGGAUAAGUCCGGUAACAUUUACUAUCUUUUCGACGACAACCGACUGUGGGUUCAGCGUCUCCCACCACCCCCACCUCGACCGCCAAAGAAGACGAGUCUGAAGGCCAUGAGGGCUUUGAAACGACAACGGCCCCCACCGCCAAAGAAAAAGGAGAAGAAGCCAGCUCCGCCAUCGCCUUCACCUUCUCUGACACCUCCCCCACCUGAGCCCGAGGAUCUGUCGGGACCGCGAAAAAGGAGACCAGUCUCAUUUUACGGAAAUCUGACUCCCACCGUUGAUGCUCUCAAGCGAGGGGGGCCGAGCACGGGCACACCCCAUGCUCGAGGAUCCCGGAGCUCGACACGACUCAACGGUCAUGUAUCUGAGCCAUCUGCGUCGCCGAGUAAACGAGGGGGAGACACACGGGUCCUGAGAAAUGGAGGUCACAAAGAAGAAGGGAGCCAAGGCUCGAAGACUGCCUCCAAGGGAAAGCGAAAAGCUUUGGGUGACGACGAGAAACACCAGGCGCUGUUCAAAGCCAAGGGAUUGACGCCAUUCACCAAGGAGUCAUCUCCUUCCGGGGCAGAGGAGCGUUCUCGGCAAGAUUCGGAGCUGACCACUCUGAGCGACGAGGAAACAAAAGAGUUGAGUCCGACGCUUGCUGCCAACGGAGCUUCAACACCUGCACGGGAUGAGGACGUUGACAUGGGACAAAGUUCUUCGGAGGCCAAGGAACGGGACGAAAAGAAAGAGCAAGAAAUUUCUGAUGUCGAGGAGAAAGACGGACUCGGCAUCGAUGAGGAGAACGAGGAAGAUGAGGUCAGAUCGGUCGCUGAGGCGGCUUCAAAUUUACCCGAAGGAUUUGUCGAGUGGGAAGCCGUUUGUGUGACACUCUACGACUGGAGGACUUGGCCUGAGCAGUUUUCGCAGUCACGUCAUCCAGACGAAAAGGCCUUGUAUCAUUUGCUCAAGAAUGAAGUUGGACCGAAGAUUAUCGAGGAGCUCAUUGUGAAAGAGCAGGAACGACUCAAACAAGAAGCUAUCAACAACCGUAAACGCUCAUCCAGAAUCGCUACCCGGGAAUUGGAGAGGGAAGAGCAAUUGAGGCGAGAAGCAGCCCAGCGAGAGAUGGAAGAACGUAUGGAGCGCGUUCGCAUGGAAGAACUGCGUGCUGCCAAGGAAGAAGCCGAGGCCAUAGCGAGGGAACGUGCAAGGGAGGAGAGGUUGAGGGAGAGAGAAGAAAGGGCGUUGGCUAGAGAAGAAGCGGCUUUGGCAAAGGUCAUCGCUGAGCAAAAAGCCAAAGAGAGGGCGGAAAGAGAGAGGGAGGAGAGACUUAGGAGACGAGAAGGAGGUAGUGAGUUUGAUGGGGAUAGGAAGGGGAAUGGAACCACUACACCAGUCACCAGCGCCGGUGUUGUCAAAGGUCAAGGGGAAAGAUGGGAGUUGAAUUGUGAAAUAUGUAGAAAGACAGGAUGGAAUUUGGAUGACGAGACUGAUGUCGUUUGUUGUGAUACUUGCAAUAGAUGGCAACAUGUUGAAUGUCAUGACAGACAAGAUAAAGCCGAAGGUCGACCUCCGCGCAAUUGGGCGCAGGUGGAUUUCAAGUGCAAGGACUGUAGACGAAGAGCAGCAAGAGAGAGGGAACGUCAACUAGUCUCUGCACCGCUACCCCCAUCAUCAACUGCUCAACCUCGGCCUGUCCCUACUUCAUCUAUCUCACCAGUUCAUCCUCCACCAACGUCAAGUACACAAAUCAGACUGAUCGUCGGUUCUGGGGAUCCUUCACGUCAAAGCAAUAUCAUCAACGGUCCUCCGCCUACCUCCUCUAAUCAACAUAUAAAUCAACCGCAACCACCUCAACAUCCGCUAGGUCGUCCGAUACAGUCACAGGGACAUACGAACGGAUCGAAUAAGAACAUACCUCAUGGUCAUAGUCAUCCUUCUGGCUCGAGACUGGAGAUGUCGAAUGGUCUACCUCCUAUCACGGGAUAUGUACCUCAGCAACCAUCCCACUCACAUCGACCACCACCACCACCACCACCACCCGUACCACCCUAUGGUCAUUCCCAUCCUCAAUAUCAACCAGCUCCUAUAUAUCCUCCUAAUGGUACUCCUUACGUUCCUCCACAAGGUCGUCCAAGUCCACAGGUUCCUCGACCUUUGUCCACCUCACAUCACCCGACCUCACACUUUCCUCAAGCCACUCGGCCUCCACAAAGCUUCCAACCUUCUCAACUUCCUUUUCCAGGACAUCCUAACAUGGUCCCAAUAUCACCCCCUCAUCCUCCUAACGUCCCUACGGCUUCGACUGGUUAUCCACCAAGACCCUUUGAUCAGGGCACGACAAGACAAGAAAUGUCUCCCGUUUCACAACACCUAGGAAUCCCUCAUUCACCUCAUAGAGCAAUGGGUAUACAGGGAAUAUUGAAUGGUCCUCCUCCGCCUAUAUCAGGACAACGACCACAUGGAUCAUCCUCACCACAUUCUUCUUUAUCAGGAAAUGACUUGUCUCGAUCUUCACCAAAUUCAGGACAAUCUUACCCUUCUUCAAUGUCGUAUGUUCAGAAUAAACCUACUUUCCCUCAGUAUCCUUCAGACCAUCAAAACCCAUCAUACCCUUCAUAUCCCUCGACACGACCUAUACAAACUUCUGAUACGUUGCAAUCUUCUCAACCAUCGCAUGAUCUUGGUUCCAACGUUGGACAGGGUCCUUCUGGUUUGUCCGGGUCAGGAUCAGAGCAGAGAUCAUCGUGA